AUGUCUUCUCCUUCCCAAUUCGGCGAGCUCAAGAUCGAGAACACAUCAAUCAAGACCGCCCCUGGUGUGGAGCUUUCGCAGAGGCAACAAACCCUCCUUGGAUCAGUCCUGGACUUGUUUGCUGGCCGCCCCUCUCUGGCUAAGCUUCAACUCUGGACCGACGACGCCACAUUCGAAGACCCCAUUACGAUUGCUAAGGGACGGAAACAGUACGARCCGCAGUGGUAUGGUCUACAAUCCGCUUUCUCRGAAAUUGAGCGAAAGAGCCAUGAAGUGACCAGCGCUGGAAACCCAAUUGAGAUGGACAUGACCACCAGAUAUGUGGUAAAGGGUAUCAAUGUUGAGAAAGUCAUAGUCAGCAAGAUCCUUGUCUACCUCGAUGACGCGGGGGAGAAAAUCGUAAAGGUCGAAGACAAGUGGAACGGAAACAUGCCAACCUCCGCAAUUGCGAAUGCUUUCCGCAGACUGAAUGCCAACUCGGUUCCACUCAUGAUCAGCGUGCCAAAGAACGCUGAGGAGGAUGCAAAGAGGGGCAACUAG